AUGGGAGAUAUGAAAACACCAGAUUUUGAUGACCUCCUUGCAGCGUUUGAUAUUCCUGACAUGGUUGAUCCCAAAGCAGCUAUUGAGUCUGGUCACGACGAUCAUGAAAAUCACAUAAAACAGAAUUCACAGGGAGAUGAUGCUCAUGCCCCAUCCUCCUCUGAUGUUGGUGUAAGUGUUAUUGUCAAGAAUAUACGAACUAUUGAUUCUUCCGAGACAUCUGAAAAAGACAAUCAUCAUUCCACAGGAAAUGGCUUGCACAAUGGGUUUCUCACUGUGUCAAAUUUAGAACGUUUUAACAAGGAAGAGUUGAAAUCUCUUAAAGAUAAUGCUGCAGUAUCUGAUAACAUACUCAAAGAAUCUGCUUUUAAUCAGUUCAGUCCUAUUUCUAGUGCAGAAGAAUUUGAAGAUGAUGAAAAAAUUGAAGUUGUAGAUCCACCUGAUAGACAAGUCUUACGUACAAAGUUCAGCACUAAUAUUUUGACCGGAGUAAUUCCUCACCUGGCAUAUGAAAGGGACAAAAUGCAUAUGGAACAUCUGAUCAAACCUGGUAUUCCAGUUUUAAGCAGUACUGAUAAAAGCAAAACAAAUAAGAGAGAGUUAGAAAAGUCAACCAAUUCAAUAUCCUAUGAUACAUACAAAAUUAGAAAACUAGAUGAGAAACUAAAGGAGAGUGCUCAGAGGCUUCUUGAAAAUAAAGUAAUUGAUGGAAAGUUAGAUAUAGAAAAAGGUGAAGCAAAUGGUGGCAAUGUAUCUUAUUUCAAAUUAAAGUCAUCUGCUAAACUUUCUUCAUGUAUUGCUGCAAUUGCUGCGCUAAGUGCUAAAAAGGCAGCUUCUGAUUCGAAGGAUUUACAAAAUAAUUCUUGUGGGUCAUCUCCAGUGCCAAAAGAAAUAGCUGAAAGCCCAUCAAUUGGGGACAAAUCUCCAAAAUCACAAUUGACUGUGCAAAAUCUUAUUGACAGUACAAAGAAAGCCCAACCAAAACAGCCGGAUAGUCCUAGAAGUGUAUCAAGUGAAACUAGUAGUAAAGGUUCCCCAUCAUCUGGUGGUUCUACUCCCGCUAUUCCAAAAGUAAGAAUAAAGACCAUCAAAACGUCAUCAGGAGAAAUUAAGAGGACGGUUACAAGAGUGUUACCCGACAUUGAAAAUGAAUGCACAAAAAAAACACCAGAACAAACAUCUUCAAUGGUUGAUUCCUCGCUUUUGUCAUCUCCACUUUCAACUGCUGCUCUUUCUUCACCAAACAGGGUCUCUCUACAGUCAACUGGUCCCCCUAAUGCAGUUGCAUCAACUGAUGUUACGCCUAAGCAAGUUACUAUAAAACCUGUUGCCACUGCUUUUUUACCAGUAUCAGCAGUAAAAACAGCUGGUUCACAAGUCAUAAAUUUAAAGUUUGCUAACAAUACUACAGUGAAAGCCACUGUAAUAUCUGCUGCUUCAGUGCAGAGUGCAAGCAAUGCCAUUAUAAAAGCUGCUAAUGCUAUUCAACAACAGACUGUGAUGGUUCCAGCAUCAAGUCUUGCCACUGCUAAGCUUGUGCCAAAGACUGUGCAUUUUGCCAAUUUUAAUCUCUUAUCUCAAGGUUCUCAAACCACAUCUGAGCUCCGACAAGUGUUAACUAAACCUCAACAGCAGAUCAAACAAACCCUUGUAGCUGCCGCUGCAACAGUACAACCAAAAAAGGUAUCUAGAGUUCAAGUGGUUGCAUCAUCCCAGAGCUCUGUAGUAGAAGCUUUCAAUAAGGUGCUGAGCAGUAUUAAUCCAGUUCCAGUAUAUGUUCCAAACCUCAGUCCUCCUGCAAAUACAGGAAUUACAUUACCGGCUCGUGGAUACAAGUGUUUAGAGUGUGGUGAUGCAUUUGCACUUGAAAAAAGUCUUCUGCAACAUUACGACCGCAGGAGUGUACGCAUUGAGGUCACAUGCAACCAUUGCACAAAAAAUUUAGUUUUCUACAAUAAAUGCAGUCUCCUCUCUCAUGCACGUGGUCAUAAAGAAAAAGGAGUUGUUAUGCAGUGCUCACACUUAAUCUUAAAGCCAGUCCCAAUGGACCAGAUGAUUACUUCCCCCCAGAACAAUGUUUCCACUGUUUCAUCUGCUCCUCGCCAAAGCUCUGUUGCAGUUGUUGCACACACUGUUACAAAGAUACAGCCGGGUGUAACUGGACCAGUGAUAUCUGCCCCAGUUAGUGCGCCCAUCACUCCUGCAAUGCCACUAGAUGAAGAUCCAUCAAAGCUGUGCAGACACAGUAUGAAGUGCUUGGAAUGCAAUGAAACUUUCCAAGAUGAAGCAUCUUUGGCUACACAUUAUCAACAAGCGACGGAUACCAGUGGACAAAAAAUAUGUAGUGUCUGUAUGAUGCUACUACCAAACCAAUGCAGCUUUGCUUGCCAUCAACGGAUACAUCAGCACAAAUCGCCGUACACUUGCCCAGAGUGUGGGGCAAUCUGCCGGUCUGUCCAUUUCCAAACGCAUGUCAUUAAGAAUUGCCUUCAUUACACGCGUAGAAUUGGAUUCCGGUGUAUACACUGCAAUGUUGUAUAUUCAGAGAUUGCUGCAUUAAAGUGUCAUAUCCAAGGAUCCCACUGUGAAGUCUUCUACAAGUGUCCUAUUUGUCCUAUGGCUUUCAAGUCGGCACCAAGCACCCAUUCCCAUGCCUACACGCAACAUCCAGGAGUGAAGAUUGGAGAACCCAA